ACUCGUCCGAGUCGUACCCGAGCCAGGAGCAGCCGUCGCACUUCUCGCUGAGGUCGCACCACUCGCACCACUCGGUUCGCUCACUAGGCGGGGCGUCGCAGCAGCUGUCGCUCUCGGCGCUGCUGCCCCAGCCGGGCAUGUCGCCGCCGCUCGACGAGUGGGCCACUGACCGGGACAGUCCGCUGAGCGGCGCCGGCUUCUGGCGCUGCAUCAUGGCCUGCCACAGCAAGGUCGGACAGCAGAUCGCCAGGAAACGGGUGGAGCAAGGCAUCAAGCUCUUCAACCAACAACGGCACCAGGAGGCCGUGGCCAAGUGGAAGGAGGCUCUGCGGAAGAUCCGACGCGAGCAGGAUCGCUUCAUCACCUUGGGAUAUCUUUGCCAGGCCUACAUGCACUGGGGAAAAUACAGGGAGCUGGUGGAGCUGGCCUUCCAGCAGCUGGACAUCGCCAACAGCAUGGAGGACAACGUGCUGCGAGCCGAGGCGUACCUGAACCUGGCACGCGGCAACGAGCGGAUGGGCGCGCUGGACAGCGCCCUCCAGUACUGCCGCCACUCGCUCUACAGUCAGUGUGACCAGUCGCGCACUACAGGCCAGGUGCACCUCUGCCUGGGCAAUAUCUAUGUCACCUACUCCAACUUCAGCAAGGCCAUCGAGCACUACGAGCUGGCGCUGAAGGUGGCGCGCAGCAUCCGUGAUGUGGGUCUUGAGCUGCUCAUCUACGUCGGCAUGGGGCAGGUGUUCAACGUCCUCAAGGAUUACGGCAAGGGCCUGCAGCUGGUGGCCAAGGCGUUCGAGCUCUCCAAGAGCUUCCAGAUCUGCGACCUGAACAUGCGACACCAGCGUCUCGCGCUGCUGCACCUCGUCACCCCGCUGCGCAAGCUCGGCAGGAUGUCGGAGGCGUACGAGUGCUGUCAGGACGCGCUGCGGAUGGCACUGGAGGCGGGAGACCGGCCGCUAAACGCCCGCGGUUUGUGCGCAAUGGGAGACAUCCUCCGACAGAAGAGUGACGGACAGCGGGCCUACCGGCGUUACGAGGCGGCGCUGCAGAUGCUGACGGACAUGGAGGACGCCUUCGGCCGCGUGCUGGCCCUGGACGGCAUGGCCAAGUCCAUCAGCCUGCUCUGCCGCCAGAAGAAGGUCUGCGACUGCAAGCCGCUGGAGGCCUACACCCGACUGCUCGACGCCGUCACUAACUGCGGCAGCAAGCUGCUGCUGCGGAACACCCACCAGCAGCUCUCGGGCAUCUACACGGCGCUGGGCGACGACGAGAACGCCCGGCUGCAGGAGCGACUCUCCUCGGUGCUCACCGAGGAGAUGGAGCUCUACUGCGCCGUCUGCAACCAGCCGCUGGGCCAGGAGCCCGGAAACAGUCUGGAGGCGCUGCCCUGCUCACAUAUCUUUCACCAGCAGUGUGCUCGCGAGCUGAUGGCCAAGGGAGAGCGGCGCAAGAAGAAGCGCAUCUGCCCGCAGUGUCGGAAGACGGUCAACUCGCGCAUGAUGUUCGUGUGUUACGACGACGUCAAGUACGACGGCCACUACCCGGCCUUCCUGGCCAACAACACCACGCAUGUGCAGACGCCCGAUCAUCCGUUGUGAUAUGGGCGGGCGCGCGCUGCCGCCGGACCGGAGGAGGUCGGCCGCGCCCACCAGAGGCGCUGCC